GAAAGACGUCAGUACCCUUCGCGGCUAGGACUGGAUAUUUCAGACUGAAUAGAUGCGUUACUCACGGUAAAGGCUUUGUCUGUACGGCUCGUCAACAUGCCUGCCUCAAAGGUAUCACAGGUCCCGAGCCAACAACAUCGCCUCUCACAACAAAAAGCCUCGCCCACACGAUCUUCACCAUGGCAGAUUUUGAUCCGACUCGCACUACUGCUGUGCAUCGUCUCGGUCAUUUCAAAAGUCUCACUGCCGCCAUCUGAUCUCACACAAUGGCUAGGAGUCAGCUCGCCCAAUGUCUUGAUCCUGACGGCUCAUCCGGACGACGAGUGCAUGUUCUUCGCUCCUGUCAUCCUCGCGCUGGCCGCACAAGGUAUCCCGGUCAGAGCGUUGAGUUUGUCUACAGGGAACUCCAGCGGACUAGGCGAUAUACGUCGAACAGAGCUAUUCGAAAGCUAUUCGGUGCUAGGGGUAGAACCCCAACUCGUGCAGUCUCUCGAGACCGAGCAGCUGCAAGACGGCAUGGACCGAUAUUGGGAGCCAGUACAUAUCGCAGAAGCUCUACGUCAAUACCUCAACAUCUCUAAUAUUAACACCAUCAUAACCUUUGAUGCCAAUGGGAUCACGCAACACCCGAACCAUAUCCCCCUCGCCGCUGGCGUCCGAGCCCUAUCGCAAUCGUCCCACCCGAUCCGACUUGUUCUCCUGGAGACCGUCCCCAAGCACAUCAAGUUCACCGGCCCACUCUAUCCUCUAGGGUUAAAGACAAUACAUCUUUUGUCACAAGUCCCAUUCUUGGCUGGUAACUGGAAUGUCGGUAUGGGGAAGGGCUCGACUUUGACGAUCACUUCCACCGUCGAAGGCUACAAGCUGGCGCUAGAAGCGAUGAUGAGGCAUAAGAGCCAGUUGGUCUGGUUCAGGUGGUUGUACGUCGGAGCUUCCAAGUACAUGUGGUCCAACACUCUAGUGCUCGCAGAGUCGGUAUAGAUAGA